AUGGAUUUGAUGGCGUUCUUCGGGGGCAAGAAGCAGGGGCCGGAGCAGAACGGGCACGCCAACGGGGCGGCGCCCAACGGGAGCGUCAAGAAGAGGACCACCGAUUUGGCCAUCUACGAGCAGUACGAGCAGCAGGCCAGGCAGCCGGAGAUGCGCGCGGCGGCGAUUCGCGAUGGGAAUGCUGAUGUGAUCCAGAAGCCUCUCCUACCUCAAUUUGAGUCAGCUGAAAUGCGUAACUUAGCAGAGACAUUGUUGCGGGAUAUUAUCCGUGGGAGCCCUGAUGUGCAAUGGGAAAGCAUCAAGGGACUAGAGACUGCAAAACGUCUCCUAAAAGAAGCAGUCGUCAUGCCCAUAAAGUACCCAAAAUACUUCACUGGUCUACUAUCACCGUGGAAAGGCAUCUUACUUUUUGGUCCUCCUGGAACAGGGAAGACAAUGCUGGCAAAAGCAGUUGCUACUGAGUGCAAUACUACAUUCUUCAACAUUUCGGCUUCAUCAAUUGUCAGCAAAUGGCGUGGAGAUUCUGAGAAGCUAGUCAAAGUUCUUUUUGAGCUUGCAAGACAUCAUGCACCAUCAACAAUAUUUCUUGAUGAGAUUGAUGCUAUUAUUAGUCAGCGUGGUGAAGCUCGUAGUGAGCAUGAAGCUAGUCGACGCUUGAAGACUGAGCUACUUAUUCAGUCAUAUAUACACCAAUUUUUACUGCAGAUGGAUGGCUUAACAAAGACGAACGACUUAGUAUUUGUGCUUGCAGCAACAAAUCUACCCUGGGAAUUAGAUGCAGCUAUGCUCCGUCGGCUUGAGAAGCGGAUUCUUGUACCACUUCCUGAAGCUGAAGCAAGGCAAGCCAUGUUUAAGGAACUUUUGCCAGCAAUGACCUCAAAUCUAGAGGUCCCAUAUGAUAUCCUGGUCGAAAAGACUGAAGGGUACUCAGGUUCAGACAUCCGUCUCGUGUGCAAAGAAGCUGCCAUGCAACCACUGAGACGUCUCAUGUCAGUUCUUGAGGCCAGUGAUGAGCUGGUGCCAGAGGAAGAGCUGCCUGAGGUUGGCCCUCUCAAACCUGAAGACGUCGAACUUGCUUUGAGCAACACAAGGCCGUCAGCCCAUCUCCAAGCACAUCGUUAUGAAAAAUUUAACCAGGACUAUGGGAGCCAUAUUCUUUCUUAA